CCCCGUGCUAUAGUUUGCUUUUGAGCGCUUCCAGUUUUCUACCCAUUGCACUACAAAUGACGCCUCUCAGCUUCCUGAUAGCAGGCUUGAACUUCACGCGGGCUGAGACUGUCGGGGCUGGAUUCUAUCGAUUUGUGGCAGACCGCUCUCUGGUCUUGUCCAGCGCGGAAAUCCUCUCUGAAGCCUGGUCAGUGGAUUCAUGGUUGACAAAAGCCUCAGAGUGGCUUUCACGUCCUGAUGUUCUCGCAAUCAUCACCGCUUGGUGGAUUACCUUCUCCAUUGUCAUUACAAUUAUACUGUGCCUUGGGUUUGGGCCUGGAGGGAUUGUUACGGGUUCCCUAGCGGCCGCUUUUCAAUCCUUCAUGUACGGUGGAUUUACUCCAGCAAGCGGUAUCUUUGCGACAUUGACUAGUAUGGCGAUGAUCGGCACACUCAUGCCUUCGGCCGUGAUAUUUGCGUGUACGCUCGCGACUGCAGUUGCUGUGAUUGUUUGGAAAAUCGGGUGUGGACUGCCAUGACGGGGGUUUUGAAGCUGUACUUCCACAUGAGCUAUGGUGACUGCACUUUUUUGCUGGUAACUUAUGGAACAGAAGGUAUGGAAGAGAGGCUAUGUAUGGGCUUUUGCUUGUUGGCAGGUUCAGAGAC